AUGCGGAAGAAAUGGCGAACAAGGAAAAAUGUGAGAAGCGGAAAGAAUGAGAGAGAAGCUGCACGUGAUGGUUCUGCACGUUGCCUAGCGGCGGGGCACAUGCUGCCGAUGCUGGACAUGGCGAGGCUGUUCGCGGAGCGCGGCGUGAGGGUCUCCGUGGCCGUGACGCCCUCGACGGCCGCCGGGCUGUUGGCCUCCUCGUACCCGUCCCUCCGCCCCGUCCUGCUGCCCCCCUUCUCCUCGGCGACGGCCGGCCUGCCCGACGGCGCCGAGUCGACCUCGGCCCUGCCGUCCGCCCUCAUCUCCCCGGCCUUCAUCGCCGCCUGCGACGAGUUCUCCUCCCCCUUCCUCUCCCUCCUCCGCCUCCACCGCCCCCACGCCCUCGUCGCUGACUUCCACUUCCCCUGGGCCGCCCACCACGCCGCCUCCCUCUCCCUCCCCAUCCCCCUUCUCUCCUUCCACGGCACCUCCCACUUCUCCACCGCCGUCGCCGCCGUCCUCUCCCACGCCAAACCCCACCUCGACCCCGCCCUCGUCGACGACGAGGACGCCUCCUUCCUCCUCCCGUGGCUCCCCGACCCCCCCAUCCGCCUCACCCGCGCCGAGAUCCCCGGCCACGUCGCCAACCCCACCGACCUCGUCCGCCGCAUGUCCGAAGCCCACGCCCUUGCCCACGGCAUGCUCAUGAACUCCUUCCGCGCGUUCGAGGCCCCCUACCUCGACCUCAUGUCCCGCUUCGUCCGCUCCUGGACCCUCGGCCCCGUCCACCUCCCCCUUCAACCCCAGCCCCAGCCCCACUCCGACGUCGUCUCCUGGCUCUACGUCUGCUUCGGCAGCCUCGGCCGCUUCACGCCGGCCCAGCUCCGCGCCAUCGCGCUGGGGCUGGAGGCCGCGGGGCGCCCCUUCGUGUGGGUCGUCAAGAAGGAGCUCGACGUCGCCUCGCCCGAGUGCCUGCCUGCGGGGUUCGAGGGGCGGGUCGGGGAGCGGGGCAGAAUCGUGAACGGGUGGGCGCCGCAGCGGGCGAUCCUGCGGCACGCGGCCGUGGGCGGCUUCGUGACGCACUGCGGCUGGAACUCGCUCAUGGAGGCGGUGGCCGCCGGGAAGCCGCUCGCGACGUGGCCGCUGCACGCGGAGCAGUUCUUCAACGAGAGGUUCGUGGUGGACGUAGCCGGCGUCGGGGUCAGGGUCGGGGGCGGCGCGAAGAAGAGGGCGUGGAGCGACGACGAGGCCGCCAGGCCCGACGUGCCGGCGGAGGAGGUGGCCGCGGCGGUGAUUAUUCGAAGAUGUUGUAAUGGUGGCCGUAGUACCCCUACCCCGAUACCCAUUAUUCUCGGUAAAACCCGCGAAAACUAG